GCAAUAUAUAAUAUGACUUUGUAUGGAGGGUUCGGCGGGUGUUGUUUUGUUAUGGAUAAUAGGAUCAGGGAAAAAAACUUAAAAGCGAGAAUGGAAUUCGGUAACGAAAAUGACAACAAUGUGAUCAAUUGGCCUAGCAAGAGGGAAGGAGCGGGACCAAAUGGGGAGCAGAAGAUUGUAAAGAGGAAACUGUACGUAGGUUGCAGUCCGAGAAAUAACGGACUGCAUAAGGAUGCUUCGCUAUGGUGGAUGGGUGAAGAAGAUGGAGGAGGGAGAUGGUGCGAGGUGGUUGGCUAUGGUGGGUGGGUGAAGAAGAUGGAGGAAGAAGAUGGCGUGAGACAGCAGCGAUGGAUCAGAAAGCAGGCGAGACUGACGAGCCCUACGAGGCACGGCUGGCGGCCAUCAUGGCCGAAACCAAGCACAGACGCAGCGGCAGCAGCACGGAAGAAGCGGGAAGCAGAGGCAGAGAAACAGCGUCUUCUGGCUGAAAAACAACGGCAGAAGCACGCGGCAGCAGCAGCCAAGGCAGCUGAUGAAAAACGUGUGCGGCGACGCGAGACCAUAUUCAGGGAGGAGAAUUCACUUCACGCACAGGCCAAGGAUUGGCAGAGGGACGUCGAGAGCGGCGAGUCCGUCGACUACGGGAGCAAGGUAUCUCAUCUGCUCAACCGUGUCACGGACCUCCUCGCGACUUGCAUCGCGCAGCAGGAGGAUAUCUACUAUCUCGACCACACCAGCAAGGCGUUACAUCAGUCACUGGACCAGACGCUCAAGCGCGUUCAGCCGCUGGAGCAGCAGGUCGCUAACGCCAAUGCCAGCGCCGACCCCUCCUACCUCGCCGACCUCGUCAACGUUUUGGAGAUAGACGUGGGGACACUCAAGGCCGGGACGCAACAGCACGUUUGCGCCGCAGCCAGCUCCAGCACGACGCCACGUGAGACCAUGGUCAAGUUUGACGGGCUCCCGAUCUUCUGUGACGCAUCGAAGACGGACCCCAUACAAUGGUGGCGCCAGUUCGACCUCAAGCUGGACCUCCACCACGUCGCCAACGAGAACCGGCACGCCUAUUUGUACUCCCGCUCCGGAGGUGCGUGCCAAUCAUGGCUGGACAAUAUGCUGUCGGCACACACAUGUACAGCCACAGAAUUACAUAAGUACAUCACCUGGGCGGAUCUCACGGUGGCAUGGAAGAAGCAUUUCCAAGUGGAACUGCCGGAACACCAGGCGAUGGACAAGUUGUUGACAUUCACGCAACACAACAUGCCAAGCGGCGACUGGAUAUCUGAGUUCCAACGCCUGGCAAGCAUGCCCAAGUUGCCGCUGAAUUUUGACGGCAUCAAGCUUUACUUCAUCAAGAGGUCGUGCCCAGCGCUGCAGAAUGCGUUGACUCAUGUCGCCGAGACCCUUACCACAAGUGAGGAACUCUUCAACAAGGUCGCGCAGAUCAUUGUGACGAAUUUGGCAGCCCGGAAUAUGGACCAUUCGUCCAAUGCCGGCCAGGGCGCGAAUCAGCAUCGGUCGUCGGCCGAAAGUGGCCGUGGUCGCAGCAGCAAUGCCUAGCGACCCUUCAACUUCAAACGAGGCCACGACGUCUGACGAGGGAGACAGACUCGCCGCUGCCCAAAAUGGUGGCCGCCCCGCCAAAGAACGA